UAAGACAAUUUUUUUCUUGUCGCGUGCACACCGGCACAAAUUCAUCUUUGUUCGUGAGAUUUUUUGCAAAAAUCAGCAAUUUGUUAAUGGAAUUUCUGAUUGAUGGACAUGGAUGCUUGGUGUAUGCCGCGGAUUAGCUAGACUGGAUUGACGUUUAUUGCUUUGUUCAUUGCAAUAUACAGAUUUGGACUCGGAGAGCAUGUGUACAGUAUUCAGUUCACUUUAUCGUCGUUGAUAUUCGUAAACCCGUCGGAAUCACAAAAGGAUAUGGGGUCUUCAUCAUCCUAGGCCAAAGGCAGCUGUUCUGCAUCCCCAGGAAAACCAUUGUAUUUUCUUGACUUGGUCGUGAAUCCGUGGGAAUCAAAUUUUAUUAUAACAAGGCUGACUAUAGACAAUUAUUGUGUAUUAAUUGUCCUAUUAUAAUAAAACAAUGGCAGAUGGAAGUGGGAAAUUGCAAUGGGUGACACUCUUUGAUAACAUGAAUGCCAAAGCUGAGGCUAAGGAAGAGAAAAAUGAGAAGAAAAAAUCCAAGCCCAAACCAAAGGCUGAAGAUGCAGCAGAUAUGCCCCACCUGCCUAAAACCCCUCCGAAAGGAGAGGGAAAAGGCAAGAAGCGCAUGUCUGUGGAGAGAAUCUACCAGAAGAAGUCUCAGCUAGAGCAUAUCUUGUUACGUCCUGAUACUUAUAUUGGUUCUGUGGAAAAAGUCACCCAGCCAAUGUGGGUUAUUAACGAGGAGGCGGACAGAAUGAUUCAAAGAGAUCUCACCUUUGUACCCGGGUUGUACAAGAUAUUUGAUGAGAUUUUAGUGAAUGCUGCAGAUAAUAAACAGCGAGAUCCUAAAAUGACAACCAUCAAGAUCGAUAUCGAUAGUGAGAACAACCGUGUCAAGAUCUGGAACAAUGGUAAGGGGAUCCCUGUGAUAGAGCACAAGACAGAGAAGGUGAUGGUCCCAACACUGAUCUUUGGGCACCUGCUUACCUCCAGCAACUACAAUGAUGAGGAGCAGAAAGUCACAGGUGGUCGUAAUGGAUAUGGCGCCAAACUUUGCAACAUCUUCAGCAACAAGUUUGUUGUAGAAACUUCCUCCAAAGAUGAGGGCCAUGCUUUUAAACAGACCUGGACCCACAACAUGGGAAAAGCUACAGAGGCAAAGAUCACCCCGUGUGCGUCUGAGGACUAUACCUGCAUUACAUUCGAGCCAGAUCUGGCCAAGUUCAAGAUGGAUUCCCUGGACAAGGACAUCGUGGACCUGUUCUCUAGGAGAGCCUAUGACAUAGCUGCCUCCACCAAGGGAGUCAAGGUGUUCCUCAAUGGGAAGAAACUGCCUAUUAACAGCUUCCGAAGUUAUGUGGACCUGUUCCUGAAGGACAAGUUUGAUGACAAUGGGCAGCCACUGAAUGUUGUCCAUGAGGUCAUCAACCCACGCUGGGAGGUGGCCGUCACCCUCAGUGACUCUGGCUUCAAACAGGCCAGCUUUGUCAACAGUAUUGCCACCACCAAGGGAGGGCGGCAUAUUGACUACUUUGUGGACCAAGUAGUGAACAAACUCGCAGAUGUAGUGAAGAAGAAACAAGGGAAAGGGGGGAUGGCCGUAAAACCUUUCCAGAUCAAAAACCACAUGUGGGUCUUUGUGAACUGUCUCAUUGUAAAUCCAACCUUUGACUCUCAAACCAAAGAAAACAUGACCCUGCAGGCCAAGAGCUUUGGUUCUAAAUGUGAGCUCAAUGAUAAAUUCAUACAACAGGUGUCCAAAUGUGGCAUUGUGGAAAGCAUCCUGUCCUGGGUGAAGUUCAAGACCCAGACUCAACUGAACAAGAAGUGCCAUGCCUCUAAGCAUUCCAAGCUGAAAGGAAUUCCGAAGCUGGAUGAUGCCAACGAUGCAGGAACCAAGAACUCAGCCCAUUGUACACUGAUCCUGACUGAGGGAGACUCUGCCAAGACCCUGGCAGUGGCUGGACUCAGUGUGAUCGGUAGAGACCAAUAUGGUGUCUUCCCACUGCGUGGUAAAGUUCUCAACGUGAGGGAGGCCACACACAAACAGAUCAUGGAAAAUGCUGAGAUCAACAACCUGAUCAAGAUCGUUGGCCUGCAGUACAAGAACAAGUAUGACAGCCCAGAGACCCUGAAGACCCUGCGCUAUGGCAAGAUCAUGAUCAUGACUGAUCAGGAUCAGGACGGCUCACACAUUAAGGGUCUACUGGUCAACUUUAUACACCACAACUGGCCGUCCCUACUCAAACACAACUUUGUUGAGGAGUUUAUAACUCCCAUUGUUAAGGUGACCAAAGGAAAGGAGGAGAAGGCUUUCUACAGCUUGCCAGAGUUUGAGGAGUGGAAAGAAGCAACACCUAACUGGCACACUUAUAGAUGCAAAUACUACAAAGGUUUGGGUACCAGCACCUCCAAAGAGGCAAAGGAGUACUUUUCUGAUAUGGAAAGGCACAGGAUUCCUUUCAAGUACAGCGGACCUUCUGAUGAUGCAUCUAUCACACUGGCUUUCUCCAAGAAGAAGAUAGAAGAGAGGAAACAGUGGCUAUCUAACUUCAUGGAAGAUCGUAAAAGACGUGCUGAGUUAGGCCUGCCAGAUGUUUACCUGUAUGGCAAGGACACCAGACACAUAACCUACAAUGACUUUAUCAACAAGGAAUUGAUCCUGUUCAGUAACAUGGACAAUGAAAGAUCCAUCCCAAGUCUUAUUGACGGUUUCAAGCCAGGCCAAAGAAAAGUCAUGUUUACCUGCUUGAAGCGUAACCUGCAGAAGGAAAUCAAGGUGGCCCAGCUAGCUGGUUCUGUCUCUGAGAUGUCUGCCUAUCAUCAUGGUGAGAUGUCUUUGAUGGGCACCAUCAUCAACUUGGCCCAGAACUUUGUAGGUAGCAACAAUCUCAACCUGCUGCAGCCCAUUGGUCAGUUUGGUACUCGUCUCCAUGGAGGCAAGGAUGCUGCCAGCCCCCGUUAUAUUUUCACAGCAUUGAGCCCCCUGGCCAGAGCAGUAUUCAAUGCACACGAUGAACCUCUGUACAAGUAUUGUUAUGAUGACAACCUGAAGGUGGAGCCACAGUUCUAUGUCCCCAUCCUGCCCAUGGUGCUGGUGAAUGGUGCCGAGGGGAUAGGUACUGGGUGGAGCACCAAGAUCCCCAAUUAUGAUAUCCGUGAAAUAGUGAGCAACCUGAAGAGGCUGAUAGAUGGGGAGGAACCCAGGCCAAUGAUCCCUGCCUUCAAGAACUUCAUAGGAACAAUAGAGGACCACAGCGGGGAGACCAUCUGCCAUGGAGAGGUGUCCAUCCUGGAUGAUGAAACCAUCGAAAUAACCGAGCUGCCCAUCCGAGUGUGGACGCAGAACUACAAGGAGUCUGUCCUGGAGCCCAUGCUGCAGGGCACUGACAAAACUCCAGCAGUGAUCAGUGACUACAAGGAGUACCAUACUGAUGUGACAGUGAAAUUUGUAGUCAAGAUGACUGCUGAAAAACUGGCACAAGCUGAACAAGUAGGACUCCACAAGUUCUUCAAACUCCAGACCUCGAUAUCUUCUAACAUGGUUUUGUUUGAUAAGAAUGGCUGCUUGAAGAAGUAUGACCGUGCAGAAGAUGUUCUCAGAGAGUUCUACGAUGUCCGUAUGGAGUACUACAUCAAGAGGAAGGACUAUCUGGAGGGCCUGUUGUCUGCAGAAGCCUUGAAGCUGGAGAACCAGGCACGCUUCAUCUGUGAGAAGAUUGAUGGAGAAAUCUCAAUCGAGAACAAACCCAAGAAGGAGUUGAUUCAGCUUUUGGUGCGUAGAGGAUACGACUCUGAUCCUCUCAAAGCUUGGCGGGAGGCACAGGACAAACUAGCCGAGGCAGACAGAGGGGGUGUUGAGACAGAGAGUGAUGAUGAGCAGAGCGAGGCCUCCAGCACAGCAGGGGGCCCAGACUUCAACUACAUCCUCAACCUGCCACUGUGGAGUCUGUCCAAGGAGAAGAAGGAAGAGCUGCUGAAGCAGAGAGACGCCAAGCAGGAGGAACUGCGAGCACUCCGCAGAAAAACUCCAAGCUGUCUGUGGAAGGAUGAUCUGGAGAAGUUUUUGGAGGAGUUGGAAAAAGUUGAGCAGAAGGAAAGAGAGGAUGCUGCGGCAGGUGUCAACCCUGGUGUCGUCAAGACGGCCAAGGGCAGAGCUAAACCAAAGAAGAUCCACAUCGAAGAGACGAAACCUUCUCCCAUGGGACGCAGGGUGGAGCCCAGGAUUGACCAAGCCUUGAGGUCAAAGCUUGAAAGAAAGAAGGGAAAAGGAGGAAAGGGUGAUGACCCAACACAGAAAAGGCUGUUUGACUUCCUGGAUGCAGAGGAUGGCAAUGACAUAAAAUCUGUGGCGGCAUCAGAGACAACAUCUAAAGCAGAUGAUGAAUUUGAUGAACCCAAAUCUCUUGCUGACCGCCUGGGAAAGAAGAUUGGCAGUUCUCAAGGCAGCUCUACUGCUGCUCCCAAAGCCAAGAGACAAGCCAAGCCCAAGAAGUCUCCUGCCAAAGGAAAGAAGGGGAAGAAGAAGAAGGGGCCCUGGGAAAGCAGUGAUGAUGAGAGUGAUGUCAACAUGGAGGAAAGUGAUAAUGACGAUUUUGAUUUUGGACCAAGGGAGAGAGCAGAACCCAGGAGAGCAACAGCAAAAGCCACUUUCAAAUUCAAUGAUGAUUCUGAGGACGAGGUGGCCAAAAUUGAUGACGACUCUGAUCAGAGCUUCAAAUUUGAUGAUGAAGAAGAUGAACCUAAACCCAAGAAAGUAAAACCUCCCAAAAAAUCUGUGAGGAUUGCUAUGUCUGAUGAUGAAGAUGAAGAAUUCAAUGAUGUUCAGGAAUCUCAAGAGGAGAAAGUGAUGGCCGUAAUCAGUGACAGUGAAGAUGAGCCCCUUGUAGUGGAGAAGGAACCUCCCAAACCCAAGGAGGCACCAAAAAAGAAAACACUUGGGAAAAAGACUGUACCACUGGGAACAAAAGAUUCCAAGCAGCCCAGUAUCUUUGCAAAACUGUCCACUAUUCCCAAGUCUUCAGAUGUAGAUGUAGCCUCUGUCUCUAGUACUGCUAGCUCUGGGUUGUUUGGGGCCAGGAACUCACAGCUCUCUUCGGCUCCUUCUUCCUCUCAGAACUUGGAUGACAUCAUAGAAGUAGAAUCUAUUUCUAGUGUGGCUAGUUCUGCCACUGCUGCCUGUCCUCCAGGAAAGAAAGAAAAAGCCCCCAAGAAGUCCAAACCCAAGAAAAAGGCCACUUCGGAUGGCGACAGUGAAGAUGACAUGCCAAAGAAACCCAAGAAGUCUGUAGCGGCCAAGAAGAGGCCCAAAAAGACUGUGAGCUCAGAUGAUUCUGCUGAUGAGUUUUGUCCUAAGAAAAAGAAGUCAACAGCUGCAAAGAAAAAGAAAGUGGAUAAUGAAGAUAUGGAAGGAAUGGACUUGAAUAACAUAAUUCCAAAAGAAAGAUCACAGAGAGCAAGGAAGGCUGUCACCUACAACUUUGAUGAUGACGAUGAUGAUUCGGAUUUCUAGACUGGAAGUUGAUCCACAAGUAGUUUUUUCAGCGCGAUGCAUGGAUCUUAAGAGGAAGAGAAAACUGUGUAAAAACAGAGAAAAACGACGCAAAAUUUUAUUUUUUGUGCCUUUUUUUUUCUUGAAGGAGGGAUGUUCUUUUAGUUAGAAUCUGAGUAUACUUAAAUUGUGAGGAGUUCAGUAGUUUAAUAACAGUCAACAGACACUGUAUUGCACAAGAUUUAUUGAUAAUAUUUUUAUGAAUUUAGUAUCUGUGGGAACUUUUGUGAUUUUAACUUGUCUUAGAAUAAUAAUAUCUUAUGUAUGGUUUUAUCAUUGCAAGUGUGAAGUGCAUUAGGUGCUCGUCUCAUUGUCAUUUGUACAUAUGCCAUUCAGAACACAUGAGUAAUGUAUGAUUCUGACACUAUGUGAAAGUUAUUUUAUCUUGUCCUGCACAAUUAAGAUACUUUAGUUUGCAUAGUAUGUCAUUGAAAUUUAUUGUAAGCCGUAUAAACCAGUUUAUCAUUUUAUGAAAACUUUGUAGUCUGAAAGUUGAUGUACGAUAUCUUGUACAAUAAAACAGCCUGCUUAUUAGUAUA